AUGGACGGGUCUCCUGCCCUGCUCCUCCUGAUCGCUCUGGGACUCUGCUGUCCCAGAAUCCAUGGCCAGAUGUAUGAGAUGAAGAUCAGGUUUCGCAACAGAAUCACCCAGCUCCGGGUGGGACAGCGGCUGGAACUGGAGUGUCAGACUGACAAGAAGGACAGUGGCAUGUUCUGGGUCCACCAGGACAAGAGUGGGACCCUUCACUUCAUUGUCUUCAUCUCUUCCCUAUCCAAGAUCACCUUCAAGGGGAAUCAGAGAACAUCCACACGCUUCGAGGCCAGCAAAGACAACACCAUCUAUCGGUUGGUAGUGAAGUCUUUCACAUGGCAGGAUGAGGGGAAUUAUUUCUGCCUCAUGAACAUCAACCAAAUGCUGUACUUCAGCCCUAGCCAGCCUGCCUUCUUCCCAGUCACCACCACAGUGGCACCCACCACAACAAGACCCACCACCCAGCAUGACAUCACCGAAAAGGAUCCCUUCCUGGAGACAUCAGAUCCAGAGACCAGCACAGAGAAUGAGCUGAAUUUCUUCUGUGAUCUUCUCAUCUGGGUUCCCUUGGCAGGUGCCUGCCUCCUGCUCCUCAUCGCCCUGGUCGUCACCAUCACGCUCUGUCAACGAACCAGAAGACGAAGAUGCAGGUGUAAAAGGCCUGUGCAGGGGAAGCCCCACGCCAAACCAGGCACAAAAAUCUGA